AAAUUUUGUGUCUAGAUCGGCAUAUUAUGAAAUUCAGAAAUUCUAGAAAAUGAUCACUCUUCUCAAAAAGAUGGUUAAAUGGUUAAGAGCAACCGGAAAUGUUAUUUAAAUGGAGAUACGCUAUUUGUGGCCGAGUUUCUUCCAAACGAAUGACAGAUAUGGUAGCCAAUGAGAUUUCAUCAUUUCAAAUUUGCUACUCGGAAAUAGCUUUGACAGUUGAUUUGAUUGACAAUUGGCAAUGGCUCUGUGAUUGGACCGUUCUUUCUUUCUUCCGAUUUACGUGUGCCGUGUUUGCUGAAAGAAAAAAGGACGAGGAUUUGAGAUUACUCAAGAUUACUUCAGUAGUCAAUAAUUGCGUUUAUACGUUUGUUAAUUUAUUGUAAGUAUUGCAAAUAUUCAUUUCGUGAUCCGAUACUGCGAAGAAAGGAGAAGUAACCCCUCUUCAUCACAACAGGCUUAUCACAAUGCAUCAAGAAACUCCGCAACUCAUUCAAAUCUUAGAAAAGACCGUUUCGCCUGAUAAAAAUGAGUUGGAACAGGCAUCCUCCUUCCUCGAGCAAGCGGCUUCAACAAACGUCCUAGGUUUUAUUAAAACACUAUCAGAGAUUCUGAGACAUGGGGGAAACAGCCCUGUUGCAAGAAUGGCUGCAGGUCUACAGCUCAAGAACCAGUUAACAUCUAAGGAUCCGAACAUCAAACAGACUUAUCAACAUCGUUGGCUCUCUUUUCCUGAUGACAUACGAAGUUACAUAAAGAAAAAUGUUGUGGGCGCUUUAGGCACAGAAACGAACCGACCGUCAUCUGCUGCUCAGUGCGUUGCUUACAUCGCCGUUGCCGAAUUGCCGCAGCAUCAAUGGCCAGACUUGAUAUCCACCUUGGUCAGCAAUGUAUGCCAAGCAAACUCCACUGAAAUCCAGAAGGAGGCUACCUUGGAGGCGAUCGGGUACAUUUGCCAGGAAAUUGAUUCUGAUGUGCUCGUCGCGCAGUCCAACGAUAUACUCACGGCAAUAGUACAUGGAAUGAGAAACUCAGAACCAAGCAAUCAUGUGAGGUUGGCAGCAACACAAGCUCUCUUAAAUUCAUUGGAGUUCACAAAGGCGAAUUUUGAUCAACCUACAGAGCGAAAUUACAUUAUGGAGGUUGUUUGUGAAGCAACUCAGUCUCCUGAUUCACAAAUCAAAGUAGCAGCACUGCAAUGUUUAGUGAAAAUAAUGUCACUGUACUAUCAAUAUAUGGAGCCUUACAUGGCCCCAGCUUUAUUCCCAAUUACUCUAGAAGCCAUGAAAUCGGAAAACGAUGCUGUCGCACUACAGGGUAUCGAAUUCUGGUCGAACGUGUCCGACGAAGAAGUUGACCUGGCGAUCGAAGACACGGAAGCUGCCGAAGCAGGUCGACCGCCCGCUCGCGUUUCUCGCCAUUACGCCAAGGGAGCACUGCAGUACAUCGUUCCCAUCCUCCUCCAGAAGCUCACCAAGCAAGAGGAGCUCGACGACGAGGACGAUUGGAACCCUAGCAAGGCGGCUGGCGUGUGCUUAAUGUUGCUGGCGACGUGCUGCGAGGAUGAGAUCGUGCCGCAUGUGCUGCCGUUUAUCAAGGAGAAUAUCAAGUCUGAUAAUUGGAGAUUCCGUGAUGCAUCUCUAAUGGCAUUUGGUUCAAUCCUUGGCGGUCUUGAGAACAAUACCCUGAAGCCAUUGGUCGAGCAAGCUAUGCCUACGUUAAUCGAGCUGAUGUACGACAGUAGCGUCAUCGUAAGGGAUACGGCAGCCUGGACAUUUGGAAGGAUAAGCGAGAUCAUCCCUGAAGCCGCCAUUAACGAAACUUACUUGAAACCAUUGCUGGAGAGUCUUAUUACAGGUCUAAAGGCAGAGCCUCGCGUCGCCGCCAACGUCUGCUGGGCAUUCUCCGGACUCGCCGAAGCCGCGUACGAAGCAGCCGACGUGAACGAUGACGGCCAAGUAGAAACAUACAUCCUUUCCCAAUACUUCGAGUUUAUCGUCCAACGGCUAUUAGAGACGACGGAUCGUUUGGAUGGCGGACAGGCGAACCUGAGACCCGCAGCAUACGAGGCGCUCAUGGAGAUGGUAAAGAACUCGCCGAAAGAUUGUUACGUCACUGUGCAGAAGACUACCAUGGUGAUAUUGGAGAGGUUGCAGCAGGUACUGCAGAUGGAAUCGCAUAUCGUUAAUCAUAAUGAAAGGUCCCAGUUCAACGACUUGCAGUCACUGCUGUGCGGCACUCUGCAGUCUGUCUUACGCAAAGUAACUCCCGAAGAUGCUCCUCAGAUUUCCGACGCCAUCAUGACCGCCAUGUUGACCAUGUUCAACUCGAACUCGUGCAAGAGCGGCGGAGUUCAAGAAGAUGCUCUGAUGGCUGUCUCCACCUUGGUGGAGGUGCUCGGAGAAGGCUUCAUCAAGUACAUGGACGCAUUCAAGCCGUUCUUGUAUCUGGGGCUCAAGAAUCAUCAGGAGUAUCAGGUGUGUGGAACUGCAGUCGGUCUUACUGGUGAUAUAUUCCGUGCACUGAAACUGAAGGUGUUGCCGUAUUGUGACGAAAUCAUGACUUUAUUAUUAGAAAAUUUGGGAGAUCAGUCGGUGCAUCGCAGUGUGAAGCCUCAGAUUCUCUCUGUAUUUGGAGAUAUGGUACUGAGCAUCGGUCCGGAAUUCAAGAAAUACCUCGACGUGGUACUGCAAACGUUGGCUCAAGCUUCCCAAGCACAAGUUGAUCGUAACGAUUUUGACAUGGUCGAUUAUCUGAACGAGCUUAGAGAAGGAGUACUUGACGCCUACACCAGCAUCAUACAAGGAUUGAAAGGAGACGGUCCUGAGCCGUCGCCCGACGUGUUGGUGUUGGAACCGCACGUCCCGUUCAUCGUGCAGUUCAUCACAGUGGUGGCGCAGGACGUCGAACAUUCGGACGGUACGGUUGCCGUGGCAGCCGGAAUAGUCGGCGAUCUUUGCUCCGCCUUCGGCCAGCCGAUGUUGCCGUUGCUCGAUCUCGAACCGAUCAACGAUAUGCUGGGACAGGGUAGACGCAGUCGCGUCAACAGGACGAAAACGUUGGCAACGUGGGCAACAAAGGAACUGCGCAAGUUGAAAGCCGCCGCCAGUGCACAAGCGGUAGCUGCAGGUGGUGGACAGCAGACUGCUGCUCCAGCGGCAGCUGCGGCUAGCUGAUUCUGUUUGGCAACUUAGGGUAUAUCAGAAGAAAUUUCAGCAAAAUCGGACACCAUCAAUAUAUUGGUUCUCUAUAUUUUAGCAUCUAACCAAAAUUACAAAAUGAAUUUUCUUUUCUUAGUAACCAGUUUUACCGAACUGUACCACAAACAAAAAUACAUUAAAAAACACUGAUCUUAUUAAAACUGGUCUAGUACGGUUGACAUGGUCUGGCCAUAAUGGGGCCUCAGAAAGGGUCAAUUCUUUCUGAAUGGUCCAGUUUUGGUUGCUUACCGUUUUCAACAAUUCACUGAUGGCAUUAAGUAAUAAUGAAUAGAGAUUCUCGUAUUACAGACAUUAUCAACAAUAAACUGAUCACGUUAAGUAAUAGUGAAUCGAGAUUCUUGUAUUAUAGACAUUACCUCUGAUGUUUCUUUUAGUAUUUUACGUUUUUUUUUGCCUGCCUCCAUUUAUCAGGUACCGUAAUUUUGAGUGUUUUUAGGCGGUUUGUUUCUGCAACUUUGAAACUUCACUUUCAUCCAAAUUUUGUUACUAAACCAUUCUUCGUACAAAUAUGUAUAGUUAGGCCUUCAACUUGCAAUAUAGCUUACAUGUCAUUAUUGAAUGCCCGGAUGGUUUCCCAAAGUAUCCAAUACAAAAAGCUAGUUUUCGGAAAUAAUUCGGUACCGAUUCUGAUCGUUAGAGGUAGUACUAUCCCCCAUUUUAGUGAAUUUUUGAAACAUGAUUAAGCAAUCAAAAUGUCUUUUUGACCCAGGGAUGUAUAAUUCAGAUUAUGUCACUAAGAACUCCGCGAUGGUCCUAGUGGCGUGACGUUACUGGAGCAGCUUCAGUAAUAGCGUAUUAGCUUGACCUGUGGACAGGUAUCAGAAUUCCAAGUUAGUUGUAGUUGGGGUAUUGGCUCGGAUGAACUUUCUUCUAAAUGUUACAAAAACUGUAUCGGACUCUUGAAUGUUGAAUAUAGGUAUAGAUAUGUCAUUCAAUCUGAUGCGACGUUGCCAAGGUUCUUACCUGCUGUUCCGAGUGACGUCAUGCCUUGCGGCAUAACCUGAUUUUUACAUUCUAAUUUGGAUUGACCCUGCAACGAGUGAAUGUGUGUGCUCUACGCAUUAACUCCACAGAAAAAUCAAGAAGAGUUCUGAUUGGUGCGAUUCUCUACGUAAAUGUGAACGGACGCUUGCUGUGGUAGUAGCGCGUUUCAAUAAGACUGAAUAGUGAAUGGUUGUUAGUAGUGAUGGUGUGCAGUCCCUCCGUUGUCAUUUGAUGCGUCCACAUUCAUUCAUUUAUUUUUGUUUUUAAUAGCGACUCACACGUAUGCGCGGUUUUUACACAGUACGAGGAAAAGUUCGAACUAAAAUAGGAAUAGAAAUAUAUCUCAACAAGACUAUAACUACUGCUAAGAAGGUAUUUGUGCUCUUAUUCUCGGUACCUAAAUGUUAUUUUGAUGAGAGCGUCAAGAGAGGUCACAUGGUACAUACAUGUUUAACUUUCGAGCGUCAAACACAAACUGCACACUACUAUUGACGCUCGAGUUAUUUGAUAAUUGUCAGCACAGCAUUUAAACGUUUGCAUAUCUCUUUAUUUUCUUGCGCCUAUACAGUGCUUGUUGCUGCAACUUUUCUCGACAAGAGCUUUCGUGCCUAAGAAUCCUUUGAUUUCACCUAAUCACUUUGACUACUACAUGCUCGUCCACUUCAAGCGCGAAAUUCAAUCACGUGGCCACUCUCAAUUCUCGAUAUUUGAUGCUUAAUGCUCUCAUGGUGUUAUACUUGAUUCUUCAAAACAAUAUCAAAAUAUUUUUAUUAUUAAUCUGGCUGUACUUAUGGAUAUAAGGAUGAUACUACCUUUUAUAAUAACUUGACUAAAUCCUUUUAGGCAGCAUUUUAUUUACAUUGUCUGAACUUUCUCUCGUACUUUUGCUGGUUUAUACAACAUAAUCAUAGUGAUAAUCAUACGAGCUAAAUCUUACGAGCUUCAAGGUCAACGUUGUUACGCUUAUAACAAGUGUUUAUGCUAGGAAUGUGACAAGUUAUAUACACGCAUUCGUAAGUAAUAUGCAUGUCAACUCUUAUUCUGAUCUCUGUGGUUAUGAUUAUGACGAGUAAAGUGUUGUAUUAAUUAUUAUUGCACAUUCGUUGUGGGAUCUAAUGGUAAUUUGAAUCUAAUUUGAAAUUUUCAAACAAUCCUUUUAUCUGCUUAAGAACUGCGUAUCCUUGAAAGAUUGUUUAAAUUUUGGUGCUUAUGCGCGAGAAAAUCUUAUUGUUGAAUCUUGUAUACAUUUGGUCGAUCCCAUUUUUGUUGCGCAGUUUAUAAGAAGCUUCAAGGAAAAAAUUCUAGACAAGUUUUGCCUUUUGAGUUGAUUGAGAGAUUACUUAACAUAGCAAUUUCACAAAUUCUCCAGAAUCUUUGGAUCUUGCUCAUGGGCCAUUUUGGAAACACGUGACGAUAGUGCAUUGAUUUAUUAUUUAUUUUUUGCAUAAUAGUAAUUUCAGCUAGUUAAGGUUAUACACGCAAUUCCGGUGUCUAGAAUUUCUCCCUUAAAUCAAAUGAUUUUUACUCUGAGCAUCUUUUUUGUUAUCGUUGAUUUUUGCACGUUUUCUAGGAAAUAAAGCAUGUUGCAAUUCACUUCUUAUCACUAUUUGAAAUGUUUUCGUUGGUUAUAUUGUUAACCCUUUAUACCAUUCCAUAAUUUUAUCCAUUCAAGAUUUCCAAACUUUCCCAUUGCAUUAUGUUUUUGCCCAGUAUUUCUAGUGGCAAUGCUUUAUGCUACAACUAAAAUCCGAGUAUCCCCAUGAAGUGUUAACCAUGUUUAAUCCUCAGUAACUUUGCUAAAUGGUCCUGGAAUAUUCGGUUGCUUGUAUUAUAGCAUCAAACUUGUCACUAGAAUAUAUUUUACUUGUGAAUCUCUAAAUAUAGGAAUUUUCAAGAAUUUUUAUCGUGAUAAUGAUCGCAUAAAUUCCAUGUCCACAAGCGGACAAUAAUAGUUCUGAAUCUAUUAUGUAACACAAACAUGGAUAUAUUGGAAACAUUUGUUUUUAUAUCGUAUAUACCAUUCUGUGUAUCACAAUCUGCAUUAUUUGUUGUUAGUAUUCCUAGAAAAUAUCCAAAAGAAUAUGUUUGAAAAGUACGUGGAUUUUUUAGCUGUCUGUGUGAUAUUGAUAGGUAUUUUUUACAAAAUGAUGAAUGCUCAAUGAUGCUAAGGCAGGUGAAAGUUCACUGUAUAAUGGAGAGUUUAUCAAAAUUUGACGGUCACAUAUUAAAAAAUCUGUUGAAGGUCAAUUUACGAUUGGAUUGUUAAAUAAAAUAAGUUGUCCUUUGUCGGUACACACUAAUAUGAGUAUUGCUUCAGACAUUGAUCUUCCAAAGUGUUAUCAUACAAUAUCCAUAUCAAUUUUCUUCAUAUCAUAUUACUGAUUUUUGAAGCACUUUGAUAUAAAAGUUACAGAAAUAUACUGUUAAAUGUACAGAAAGUAAAUUGACAUUCAAUAUUUUAUAAAUCAAGAUAAGAAAAAGUGUCGAAUAAUGGCAAUCAAAAAAAAAUAACAUUUGGGUAUAAUAUGUGGCCUUUAGUAAAAUAAUAACCAACAAUUGAACCAUCCAACGGUACUAAGUGAAGAGGAGAGAUAUGGAAAGUGAUGAUGUUUAUAAAAAAGUGGUGGUGUGGGGCAUUAUAGACCAUCUGUACAUUUUAAUUUUUGUUUUAUAACAGAGCAUUCAGGGUGUAUGUCAUAUACAAAGUUCCAGUUCCAUUAUCCGGCUCGAAGUAUAUAUUCCACUUUUAUUACUGAACUGUACUAAAGAUUGAAAUGCUUAAAAAAUGAUUAGGUAUUUAUCAAAAUCUACAAAACUUCGUUAUGCCGGACUGCUGGACAUGAUCAUACUAGGCAGUUGUAUUGGAUAUCAUAUUGAGCUUAUCUGCCAUACAUAUAAAAAAGUAUUGUUUAGCAAGCAACUUUCAGAGCAGGCAUUUCAGUCUAUAGAAUUUGAAGUGUUUUUGAUCUACAUCCUGAGAAAAAGGAAAUGUUUAAUUUUCAGGAUUGUUUUUCUAGUUAGUGCUGUUUAGUUGUUAUAUUUUUGGGUUUUAUUCGUCUCAUCGUGUCGUAUCUGAGAGUAGCUGCCAAAAUAAAUGAAUCUUUUAGUUAGGCGCGAACAGUAUAGAUCGAAUAUUGUGUGCCAUGUACGAGUAUGUUUAUUGGGAAUCUGUCAAUAAGUUUCAGUUCUACUCACACAGGUGGUCUAAACAGUAGACCAAGAUACAUGUUCAGCACUUUUUGUAUUUAAUGAAAUACAUAUCGUUUUGAUCCAAAGUCGAAGUUUAUGGAAUGUAUUUCUCUGAAGCUUAUGCGUCAAUGGUACAAAUUGAGAAAUCGCUAGAGUCCGUUUGAGUUAGGUACUUUUAGUUUGAGCAAUAUUACUUGUAGGAAGGGUUAAAGAUCGACUCCUAGUCAACCCAUCUAUUGUACGCAACUAGAACUGUAAACCAGUAAGUUGCAGCAUGAUCAUCUGAAUACUUUUGUUAGGCACAAGAUUUGUGGUAUUGCAAUGUUAUUAUAUAUUGCGACAGUUCUGCUUCUUAUAGCUAUUUUUGUUUAAUCUAACAAAUUUAAAUAUGUUGCUCAGUGACUAUAUAUAUCGUAUCGAUGAUAGCGACUGAUAAGUUCCUAUGAGAAAUACUAACCAUAAUUGUCAACAACAAAGGUAUAUAACUUGAUGAGCUGACUAACGAAUUCAUCAGCUAUUUUUAAUUUUCAUUUAGUGGAAAUUUAGACCAAAACUGCUUUGUUAUAAAACAAGUUCACUUAUUUUUUGCCUUACUGUGGUAUCUUGAGAAUAAGCGAUAACUUCCUUUUAAACGCCAUUUGGAUAGAUUAAAUGGAAAAAAUCAGUGCAUUGGCUAUAGCAAAACCAUUUUUCAAAUGAUUGAUUUUUUAUAUGGAUAUUUCGGAUCUGAGGAUUUUACGAUACCUUAGUCUACUCAGGUAGCGAUUUUUUCAUGAAUAUUUUAUGGUAUACGCGCGUGGCUAGUUGGUUAGUAAGUGAUAUACCUCAUCUUCACCGAAAAUAAGGAAAAUAUGAUUCUUGGGUUCAAUAUUGAACACAUUUUUUCUCUAACUGCAUAUCAUUGUCCACAUCAUUAGAUUGUCUUUGGUGAAAGUUAUAUUUUGGAUAGUGCUAAUCGUAAUUUUCAGUAGACCGAUAAGGCUUACCAAUUUUGAAUAUUAGACGUGCUGAAAUGUAUCUUGAUUGCAAAAUUAUGGAAGCUUUGCAUUACUAUAUUUCAUUCUCAGGUAACAUGAAGAAAACGUAUGGUAUUUUUCUGACAGUUUACAGUUAAGGCCUGAAUGUGCCUUGUGUGAUUGGGAAGGGUGAUGUUAGAAUACACAAAAUGAAAUCAUUCCAGCGAAAUUUAAACUAUUAAAAUUAUUGGAAUCACAACUACACUUUUAGAUACAGAAAACGUUCUUUACCAUUGAGGUCAUCAGAAAACGUCAUGUGUAUUCUUUUAAUACCACUAGAUACAUUUUGUGUAUUGUAGGGUCAUAAGUGAGUUGUGUGAACAAAAUGUGGCUGUGUAUGAUGUGUACUAGUUCAGAGAGUGAGAGUAAGGUAUAUACUUAAUAAAAAAAGAAUCUGUGAUUUGAAGGGGUUUCUAAUGAUGCCAAAAAGAAAGUAAUUCCAUUAGUUUUAUAAUCGUAACUAAGAGUGAGAAACCUUUUCAAUGUGCGUAAUUAUAAUUCUCAACAAUUAUAAUUAUAAAUUCCUUGUAUGUGUGAUAUUUUGUUGAAAGUUGGAUUAAAAAUUCCAGCAGACUUAUUCACCCAUUUCCUACAAAAUAACUUUUUUAUUUCUACCUAGAUAGUCUUAUGGUACAUUUAUUUCUCCUGCAACAGUAUUUUCUGUGUGAGUCUAUGAGAAUUGUAUUAUAAUUAGAUUUCAUUUUUCUUUCUCGGCCCUCAUUUUGUGAAUAAGUAGCAUGAUUUUUGCAAUUCUUAAUCCCUUUCAAUUAUACUUAGACUGUAUGCAACUUAGUAUGUAAGGCGUUUGAUAGCGAUUUUGUAAAUAGGGUGAUUCAUCUGAUUACAGAUAAUUUAAACCAUGUUAAUCUACAAAAAAAAAUCAAGAAACUAUUUUGAGAAUGCCAUUAUAGACCAGUAACAAACUGUUAAGUUGAAUUACUGAGUGAAAUACUUCUUUGUCAAAUAUGUACUUUUCUUUUUGAUAGGAGAUUUAUGUGAAUAAUGAUCAACAGUUUGAUCCAUUAGCAACAAUUCUUUUGGUUAUCAAAACAAAAGUUGCAUUUAUUUGGCUAUGUCAUUGUUUAUUUAUAAAUAAAACCUAUACCCACAAUUAA